GACUCUAAUGUUAGUGGAAGGAGGGUUUUGUCGCUCUCAAAAACAGCCUCUCUGUAGGGUUGUCUGUAUACCACAAUAAUUUUUCAGCCACAAUAACGGAAGACCACUGUAAGGUGGACAACACUGAUUGAGAAGGAGAACACAGAAUUGGAACCGGGCUGCGGUGGAAAAGAGGGAAGGACUGGUCUACUUUACGUAACGGCAAACAACUGGGUUAUGUGGGGACAACAGAAUUCCGGGAUGUAGCUGUGGUAAUGAUGUGGCAUGAUGUCAGAUGUUUGUUGAGGGCUUGACAAUCAUCAAUGUCCGCACGCCUCAUCCACUCAUUGUGUUUGGGCAGGAAGCCAAGCCAGCAGACGAGAACUUCUGGGAAGUGUCUAGCCACUUGCUGAGAGCUAACAGGGACAGAACUAGAGUCCAGUAUAAGUAA